GUUACAACUUUAUAUUCGUAAAUGUGAUUAUUAAUUGUAAAAUAUGACAUUCAAUGUUUUUUAAUUGUUGCAGGAAAACUGUCAAAACUACAUCCGAAUCAUGGCUAAAACGAGUGGUGGAAAACUACUCCUUUGCGGUACUAACGCGUUCAAGCCACAAUGCAGAGAGUAUAUGGUCCUAACGAAGAACUACACAAUGGCGAAAGAAAAACCUGGACAAGCCGUCUGUCCAUACGAUCCACAUCAUAACUCCACAGCUAUUUACGUUGACGGAGAUUUGUACACAGGCACUGUGGCUGAUUUCAGCGGGAUGGACCCCAUUAUCUACAGGGAACCACUACAAACCGAACAAUACGAUUCGAUGAGUCUCAACGAAUCAGAUUCUUGUAUAGAUUCAGAUUCUUGUACAGAAUCAGAUUCUUGUAUAGAAUCAGAUUCUUGUAUAGAAUCAGAUUCUUGUAUAGAAUCAGAUUCUUGUAUAGAAUCAGAUUCUUGUAUAGAAUCAGAUUCUUGUAUAGAAUCAGAUUUUUGUAUAGAAUUAGAAUUAGAUUCUUAUAUAGAAUCAGAUUCUUGUAUAGAAUCAGAUUUUUGUAAUGAAUCAGAUUUUUGUAUAGACUCAGAUUCUUGUAUAGAAUCAGAUUCUUGUAUAGAAUCAGAUUCUUGUAUAGAAUCAGAUUCUUGUACAGAAUCAGAUUCUUGUACAGAAUCAGAUUCUUGUAUAGAAUCAGAUUCUUGUAUAGAAUCAGAUUCUUGUUUAGAAUCAGAUUCUUGUAUAGAAUCAGAUUCUUUUACAGAAUCAGAUUCUUGUAUAGAAUCAAAUUCUUGUAUAGAAUCAGAUUUCUGUUUAGAAUCAGAUUCUUGUUUAGAAUCAUAUUCUUGUAUAGAAUCAGAUUUUUGUUCAGAAUCAGAUUCUUGUUUAGAAUCAGAUUCUUGUUUAGAAUCAGAUUCUUGUUUAGAAUCAGAUUCUUGUUUAGAAUCAGAUUCUUGUUUAGAAUCAUACGGCGAGGUUCAAGCUCAGCUCAUCUACGGUACGUUCACCACCCCUCCAAACAGCAUAUCAGGCAGCGCCGUUUGUGCCUUCAGCCUCCAGGACAUCACCGACACGUUCGAGGGCAAUUUCAAGGAGCAGGCCGCUCUGAACUCGAAUUGGUUGCCGGUGUUGAGCCAAAAAGUGCCUGAUCCGAGACCGGGCCAGUGUCACAAUGACAGUCGAACGUUGCCGGAUUUGACUUUGAAUUUUAUCAAAGCGCAUUCGUUGAUGGACGAAAGCGUGCCCAGUUUUUUCGGACAGCCCAUUGUUAUAAGAACUAGUUUUCACUAUCGAUUUACACAAAUUGCUGUGGAUCCACAAGUUAAAGUACCUGGAGGUAAAACUUACGACGUCCUCUUCAUAGGGACAGAUAACGGAAAAAUAAUAAAAGCCGUUAACGGACUAUCAGCUGACUCCAGACAUGGAGUCCGGCCAGUAGUUGUAGAAGAAAUUCAAGUGUUUCCUAGUCACGCCCCUGUACGAGGCAUCAGGAUUAUGAAAGGUGUCAAAGGAAAGGACGAUUCCCGUCUUAUCGUCGUCUCUGACACCGAAGUCCAAUCGUUAAGGGUGCAUCGAUGUGAUAGCAAUAAAAUAUCCAGUUGCAGUGAAUGUGUAGCCCUCCAAGACCCUUACUGCGCUUGGGACAAAGUUCAAGGCAAAUGCAGGUCGAAAGGGUCAGGACGAUGGGGCGAGGAGAGUUACUUCUUCCAAAGCGUAGCCACCGGGGAACAUCAAGCUUGCCCACCCCUCAAAUUGGGAAAAGACGCCAGUUCAGUUGGAGGGCUGAGUUCGAGUCUGCCUAAAUACAAUAUGGACCAUUUGCCCAGCAAUGAUAAGCCCGAUGGUCAAGUGAUUAAUAUCAUUCAAGAUAAACCCUUCGAAAGCAGUGGUCCAGCCGUGACCGCCGCAGAUGCUCUUCCUAACCAAUACUCCGUUGAAACGCUCAUUAUGGCCGUGGUGGCUGGUUCCGUGUCCGCCUUAGUUGUAGGAUUUUUUGCCGGCUAUCUUUGCGGUCGGAAAUGUCACAAGGACGAGGACGAUAACUUGCCUUAUCCUGACACGGAAUACGAAUAUUUCGAACAGCGGCAAAAUAUGAACAGUAGAAUAGCGGCCGAACCGAAACUGCUUCCACAAGAAGAGGUGACCUACGCCGAACCCGUGCUCGUUCCUCAACCCCCUCCCAAGCUCCAUUCGCCCAAGAACACCCUCCGCAAGGGACCUCACCAAAACAACGCGGAGACCCUCUUCCAAUUCCAGACUGACGGCGGCUACAACGGCCGGGACAACUACCGAGGCCGCGAUAACUUCGGAACGCUGCGCUCCCACCAGGUAAACAGAAGAGAUUAUUUGUGAUAAUGUUAAGGUAGCUUUUAGAUUUUUGUUGGUUUUUUUUGUGAGAUGAUAAUAGGACGAAAUAAACUUGGAGUUAAGGUUUUUCUGAGCGACAUCUAAAGGAAAGCAAAAACAACUUUUGAACUCCCAUUUUGGAUAUUGGAUAUUAGAUUUAGAACCUGCAGGAUUGUCCAAAACUUUCUUUACGAGUGGUAGAUUGAUAGGACCCUCUUAGCUCGUCAGCCAGUCUACACAUUUGAUGUAGUUUUAUAUCCGGUGUUAGCCAAAACUUGCUCAACACAAUUGUGAUAACACCCAUAUUAUGGAUAUGCUUCCGUACUUGGAAAUUACCAGUCAGAAUGCAUGUGAUCAGGCGCAGAAUCUGUCUAGUCAUAGUAAAGUAUUUCUUUGCUGUAAU